AAAGACAACCUUAUCUUAUUCGUGCUAAGCCAACAGCUUUAGACUUAGAAAAUGUUUUAACAGAGUUGUACAGAUUAAUUGGGAACAGUAAAAAGCAGUCAAAGUGGAAUAAAAGCGGGAUAAGGAAUAUACCCAUCCGUCAACCAAAAUCCUCCAAGAAGAGAACAAAAUCAAAUACAAAAUCUGCAAAGAACGUGGAUAAUACAGAAAUGAAUGAUGGCUCAAAGGAGUGGUUAAA